AUUAGAAAGUAGCCCCGGAAAAGGGAGAAAUUUCGUUUGAAGUAAAACCGUUUGUUUUUGGGCUAUCUGUUAAUCAACUUCUACUGCUUCACAAAUUUAUCUUUCGCUUCUCUCUCCUUGGGUAGGCGAAAGACUUUGUUGCAGUCACUCCUUCCGAAUUUCCUUUUGUGGAUCGUUAUUCAUUUCCAGUGAUAUCAGUUCUUCUCUGUAAUUUGCUUAAAUGGGAGCCUUUUGUUGCUUUCUUGUAUUCCUUUCUUGAUUCUGCGUCCUUUUUUGCCCGAUUUCCCACCUGGGUUUUUGUUUUCUGAACUGUAUUUUAUUUUCUUAAUUUUAGCUUUUCAUUAAAAAAAAAAAUUGUCUCACAACCCCCACAUGGAUGUUAUUGGGUUUGUCUGAUCUGGAUUGGAUCACAAAGAUCUCUCUCUAGAGGGGGGAGAGAGGUGGGGUAGGGUGGGGUUCCUGUACUUGCGUCUCUUUUCGGAGCUGUCUUCAAUUCUUUAGGGGGUUAACGAAGAAGCAAAAAGGAGGAGAAGGAGAAGAAGAAGAUACUCCUGAGGCAUGGCGGGUAUGGAGGUUUCAAGGUAUGCCCAUAGCCCUGUGCAUAAGGCUAUUUCCAUGAGAGAUUAUGCUGGUCUCAAAAGGAUACUGGCCAGUCUACCCCGGCUUUGUGACCCUGCAGAGAUUCGUACUGAAGCGUCUUCACUGGCCGAGGAGGAGAAGGCUGAUGCAGUCGCUGCUGUCAUUGAUAGGCGUGAUGUCCCAAAUCGUGACACCCCUCUCCACUUGGCUGUGAAACUUGGUGACGAGACUUCCGUUGAAAUGCUUAUGGUUGCGGGUGCGGAUUGGAGCUUGCAAAAUGAGCACGGAUGGAGUGCACUCCAAGAAGCAAUUUGCAAUAGAGAAGAAAGAAUUGCCAUGAUCAUAGUUAGACAUUACCAGCCUUUGGCAUGGGGAAAAUGGUGUAGAAGGUUGCCUCGCUUGGUGGCGACCAUGCGGAGGAUGAGGAACUUCUACAUGGAAAUCACAUUCAAUUUUGAGAGUUCUGUAAUACCUUUCAUUUCCAGGAUUGCCCCCUCAGAUACUUACAAAAUAUGGAAGACGGGUGCAAAUUUAAGGGCAGAUAUGACUCUGGCGGGUUUUGAUGGUUUUAGAAUUCAACGUUCAGAUCAAAGUGUCCUUUUCUUUGGUGAUGGGUCUGAGGAUGGCAAGGUCCCUCCUGGAUCACUCUGCAUGAUCUCGCACAAGGAUAAGGAGAUUAUGAAUGCUUUGGAUGGUGCUGGUUCUCAAGCUUCUGCAGAAGAGGUUCGACAAGAAGUGGCUGCAAUGUCUCAGACUAAUAUAUUCAGACCUGGUAUUGAUGUGACUCAAGCAGUUCUUUUGCCACAGUUGACUUGGAGGAGACAGGAGAAAAUGGAAAUGGUAGGGCCAUGGAAAGCUAAGGUAUAUGAUAUGCACAAUGUGAUUAUUAGCAUAAAAUCCAGGAGGGUCCCAGGAGCAAUGACAGAUGAUGAGUUCUUUCAAUCUUGCAACGCAAAUGAAACAGCAGAGAGUGAGGAUCUUGAUGAGAUUUUGACAGAAGAGGAGAGAAGACAACUUGAAGUUGCACUGAAAUUAGAUUCAUCAGAUGAAAAUGCUGAUGGGAUUAUUCCACAUCGCCACAGUUACUAUGAGCCGAGGGAGAUUCCUUCAGAAGAUGUAAAUGGAUUUAGAAAUGAAGAGACUAGGAAUGAAAAGAAAGGAUGGUUUGGUGGAUGGAGGAAACGGGAUCCGAAAGUUGAAGAGCAGAAAAAAGGUGCCCCUCCAAGAAGUUCUGUAAGCAAAGAUGAGGGGGCUGAUGAUCUACUAGGAGAAUCUUCAUCUAGUAGUUGGACCAAACCGGGGCGACAUUCUGUGGAAAUUGUGACGAGGGAUGAGCACCGGAAAGGGAGGGAUACCAAAGCAUCCAUGCCCUCAAGUUCUACUAGUGGAAGUCGGCGGAAAGAAGGAAGCCGUGAAAAUGAGUAUAAGAAAGGCUUGCGGCCUAUUCUAUGGCUUUCCCCACACUUUCCCUUACAAACUGAAGAACUCCUCCCCUUGCUUGAUAUACUCGCAAAUAAGGUUAAGGCAAUUCGUCGCUUAAGAGAGCUGCUCACAACAAAACUUCCUACGGGAACUUUCCCAGUCAAGGUUGCUAUCCCAGUGGUUCCCACCAUCAGAGUACUGGUUACGUUUACAAAGUUUGAAGAAUUGCAACCGGUGGAUGAAUUUAGUACGCCUCCUUCCAGCCCUACUGCCGUGGGUCAAGAGAGCCCUGCAGUGACACAAUCCUUCUCUAGUUCAUCAUGGUUUCAGUGGAUAAAGGCCCCAUACCACCGGCCUAGCUCAUCUGGUAUUGAUUCGAACGGUAGGAUAGCAAAUAUUGAAGACCCAUUUGCAAUUCCUGCGGAUUAUAAUUGGGUUACAGCUGAAGCAAAGAAAAAGAAGAUGCAGGAGAAGAACAAGUUGAAGAAAGCGAAAAGUCAGAAUCAAUGAGGCUGAUUUAGAAGAGACACACUAAGCAUGAUCAUAGCAUGUGGUGGUCGAGGGAUGCCACCAAAUAAUUCAUACAACAUCGAGCGCAACCAUUGCAGCCGCCGAGGUCGAGGUCGGCCACCGAAGAAGUGCAAUCUCAAAGCGAUACCACCGGCGUUAGGGUUUGUUCGAGAAAAGUUGAUAAGAAAACCUAGAAUCAGAAUAAGGACUAAUCCUCAUGUAAUAGCGGAUAUUGAUGCUUCUAUUGAGUCUCAAGUUAGAGAUCAUAUGAUUAAUUGGCAUAAGAGAAAGAGAAGCGAGGUUAGAGAAUGCGAGGACUGGAAUUUGCGACAGUCAUCAUCUUCCCCGUCGAGUUAUUCGUUGACGAAGACAAAUUCACCAUUAACUUGUCUCUUUGAGAUUCCGGGACCAAUCCCGGAUGUUGUUGAUAUUAUACAAGAUGAAAGGCUCUUUGUGGAUUUUUGGAGAGAUAUAUCAGAAGAUGAUUAGGGUUUCUUUGA